UCAUAUUUUUUAUCAGCCGAAAUACGUGCGAAAUAUGCACGAGAAAACCUUGACAUUUUUUUUAGUUUGCGUAUUUGAAGAUGAAGAUUAUUUGUACUUUGCACAUAGUACAAGACGAUUUUUAAAAUAACUAAGUACUCAGUUAUUUUGUCAACAUUUCAGAUCAAUACUUAAUUAGUGUACAUCCAUGGUCAAUUAACAAUUUGCAGAUUUUGGCAAGAAUUUAAACUUCAGUGGUGGAUUAACGAAACAAAAAUGCCUUGAUGGUCUUCCAAUAUGGCAAAAACUGCCGAAAACAUUAGUGUAAGUCAUAAAAAAGUCAAAACGUUAAGUAACACACAAUUAGUCAUUACUAGUCUUGCAGCAGGUGCUGUAGCGGGUGCUUUAGCUAAGUCAACUAUAGCCCCUUUAGAUAGAACGAAGAUAAAUUUCCAAGUUAGUCAUAAACCAUAUUCAACGAGAAAGGCCCUUAAAUUUAUAUUAAAAACUUUAAAAUCGGAGGGAAUUUUGGCAUUAUGGAGGGGAAACAGUGCUACUAUGGCGCGCAUCGUGCCCCAUGCAGCAAUACAAUUUACAGCUCACGAACAAUGGAAAAGAAUACUCAAAGUAGAUCAGGCAGGGGGGACUACGCCUGGAAAAUUAUUUCUAGCCGGAUCUCUAGCUGGGGUAACAUCGCAAUCACUUACUUACCCACUUGAUUUAGCCAGGGCACGAAUGGCUGUAACAUCACGACAAGAAUAUUCAACAUUGAGGCAGGUGUUUAUGAAAAUAUACCAUUUAGAAGGAAUUACUGUUUUAUAUAGAGGUUAUGUACCUACUAUUUUAGGAGUUAUACCAUAUGCUGGAGUAUCGUUUUUUAUAUAUGACACCUUGAAAAGGUUAUAUAGAGAACAUGUGGAUCCUAAACAAACUCCUCAUCCCUUAGCUUCCUUAGGUUUCGGAGCGAUAGCUGGUAUGCUAGGUCAAAGUAGUUCGUACCCGUUAGAUAUAGUAAGAAGGAGAAUGCAGACUGAUACCAAUGGACAAUAUUCCACCAUUGUUGGUACUCUUAAAUAUGUUUACAAACGUGAAGGACUCAAACGAGGUUUAUACAAGGGACUCUCCAUGAAUUGGAUCAAAGGACCCAUAUCUGUUGGUAUUAGUUAUGCAACAUACGAUAAUGUUAAAGAUUUUCUAAGAAAUAUUUUGACAAAAUACAGAACGAAAGUACUCUAUAUAGAAUAGGUUUGUAACCGGUUCACUUUUUAUUUUUUAUAAAACGGAAAGGGGAGGGGGGGGGCAAAAAUAAAACUCGUUAUAUAUUUGAUUUAGGUUCUGUAAGUUCUCAUUAAUUAAUUAAUUAGUGAUUCGUUUAAAUUGGUUUGGGAAAGAAAUUUCGAAAAAACUGGAGUAUAACGAAAAUUUUGAGAAAAACAAUGCGAUUGUGAUAAAAAUAAAAACUAAAAAAAGCAUGGUAUUAUAAUGUAAAUAUCUUUCUUGAGUAUAGCUCUAUUUUUCUUGUUUAUUUAUGAAAUUUUUUAUUUUAUUUCACAUGGUUCUACAGCAGAAAUGUGUAAUUUAUAAUUUAACAGAAAUUGAAAUACUAAAUGUAUUAUUAAAAGUAAUAUUGUCAAAAAAUUCAAACAAUUUUAGAUCAUUAAAUUUUCUUUAUAAAAUAGCCUUAGCAAAUACCUCCUAAAAUAUCUACAUCUUAUUUUGGAACACUCUGUAUUAUAAACAUGAUCGAAAAUUACUGUUUCCAAACAAUGUAGUUUCAUGACAUUUUUACUUACAGUUGCAUAAAACUAUAAAGCUUAAUUUAUAAUCGCCGUAACGUAACUUAAGAACUUAACGUAAGAAGUUGAAAUAUUGAAUUUACGUAUACUUAUUUAUGAAUGUCGUAACGUAACUUAAGAACUUAACGUACCGUAGAAAGUUCGCCAAUUUUUAACUUAAGACCUUACGGUCAGCCAAUGAGAUAAUUCUGAGUUCAGCAUGUGAUAACUGUCAAUUAUUCUUUUUAUUUUUUUUAUAAAUGAAUGGACAAAUACCAUUUGUAAACUAUCAUUCUCCUUUUUUAUGGACAUACAUUAUCAUGAAUAAUUUUUGUUUACGUUAUUGGGGAUAAACUAUUUAUGAGAUAUGAGUGUUGCUGCAUAUACCUAUAAAAAACAUCAAGUCUAGAACUGAAAUAGACAAAACUAGUUUGCUAGGAAAGAAUAAAUUUCCAUUAUUGCUCAAAAACAAUCAACAUCUUCGGUAAACUAUUCUAUUUUAUUAUAUUUUUAUAUUAUUGCUUUUAAAGUAGUUAAUAUAUUCUUCCUAUAUAACAAAAUCAUAAUUUAUAAGUUUUAUUUGGAGGUUAGGGAUAAUAUUUUCAAUUCCGUUUUUAUUGUUAUAAUGUUUGCUGUAAGAACAGGUAAUUAAAAAUGUUUACACAUUUCUGUACUAUAUAGUAAGUGGCAUUAAAAAGAAAGAUAUUUUUAUCACCUAUGUACUUAUUACAGAACAUAAUAUUAUUAAAUGUUGGAUAUGUGUGCUUAGUUAAAUUUUUAUUUAUUGUUGCCGGAUUGUUAAAAGUUAAUAGUAUUUUGUUAAUAAAAGUAUGUUGUCAAAGUUAAC